GCGGGUCUUUGAUAACCACUUCUGGAAGGAUUUUGAUUCAACCAGCGGCUAUCGUCGCGCGAGUAACUAACUGGCUAACAGCAGAAAAGAGAAUGAAAUGAUGGCAGACUCAAUCGUGAUUGCGCUUGAGAGCGCUGUGGGCCUUUCCGCGGAAGCUCAGCAACAUUCGGGGCCUACCUCUGCUCGACGACAUGAACUCGGAGGGAUGAGCAAUGGCGAUGGCGAUGCUAACGCGGCCGAAGAUCCCAAGGCACACAGGCCAAUAGAAAGACGAGCCACGGGCAACGGACGGUUUCCUAUCCGUGUCAAUGGCUCCAGAGUUAGCUCUUCAUCGACGACAGCAUCUACGGUUACCGUCGUUUCCCCCGCGGAUUCGAAACCGCCGCCGAUUCCCCAGAGAUCGCACUUCAGGGGCGUAUCCCAAAGCCCGUCCUUGGUCAACAAAAAGCCGGGGUUGAUACCCCUUGCCCUACAAAGAUCCAAGGGUGCGGGUUUGAGAAGCAGUUCGGUGCCUCCUAGAACUUCUCAGGGUCUGAAGCCAAACGGGGCCCAGGUGACUGGGACUCGGUUGGCACGAGCUAUGUCCUCGGCGGAGGAAGGUCGGUCUGAGAUGGAUACUGUUGCCGGAGAUACGAUUCGCGUGGCCUCUGGGAAACCAACCAGCAGUCAACCUAAUGGAGCAAGUCAGGUUAGAAACAAGCCGGUGUUCACCAACCCUUUCAGACAAGAAAGCGCGACACUUGGAAGACCCUCCAGCGUCUGGGAACUGUCAGUCCUUCCGGUGCGUCGGCAUGCUUCUCAGGGCCGCGAGCCGCUUCUUGAGGUCGCUCGUGGCGUUCUCUACUCAAUCUCACAAGUUCAUUCGUCUGUUCAGAGCAUGGCGAAUUUCGUCGUCAACCAUGGGACCGGAUCCAGCCUGGAAGCCGCUUUUGAGAAAGCUAGUUUCCACUUCCAUGAGCUGGAACAAGCUAUCCAUGUUUUUGAUCUCCCGACUGGCACACGAGGCGACGAGCGUCCGAACCACAAGCCUCUGCAGCAGGCUCUGUCAAGGCUUGUCAGCGCCUACAUCCAGAUCUGUGGUGAACUCACCGGCCAUAUCGACAUGUUCGUGGAUAAUGGGGACGAGAAGUAUAUCCGGACCUUUCUUAUGCUCGUGUACCAUAGCAUCAUGGAACUCCGCACAACCAUGCAUGGAUGGCUGUCCACAACCUCAACCACGAGACCUCCUCCAGUGCCUGAUUUUGACGCCGCCGCGACGCUCAAACCACGACGUCGGACACCAGGGUCCAUGACUCCCACGCCGUCUGGAAGAGGUUCAACAAGAAACCAUUCCCCAUUACCGUCUUUCAAGGGCCGCAAGCCCCCAGGUGGCCUUGAGUCCGCUCGAGGAGGCGUCAACAUGCAAGUCAGGACGGACUUGCCUUAUCCUGGGCCAGGGGGGGCUCCAACACGGACAGUAGCGGUGGCAGCAACGGAUUCGGCUCCGACUUCUACUUCGGCAAAGAGCACCGGCAUGACCACGGCGUCCACACUGGUAGCGACACCGGAUAUACGGCCGAUGCCGACAACUCCAGAGCCACCUCCCACUGCCACCUCGUUCCCUUCUCCAUCUUUCUCCUCGCCCACUCCUUCACAUAUGUCCAACAAUGCCGCAUCAGAUGCGACUGAUUCGCCGUUCGAUGUGCUCUUCUUGACGCUGAAGUCGGCAACUUGUCAGAUUCUUCACACCCUCCCGCCACUGAACUCUUUGUUUGCGCACUACCAUCACCAGGUCCAUUCCAGUCCAGCAAUGUGGGAAGCAGCAAAGGCCUGGACCAUCCUUUUGACCAGUGGCGUCAAAGUGCAGAAACAAACGGAAGCUUUGCGGGAGAGGCUGUCCACCUUGAGAGUUGGCGAUCCGGCGUUAUUCUCCCCUCCACCCGGCGCGCGGGCAAAUCAGCCACAGAAUGGUUCGGGCCACGGAUCGGCAUCGGGUUCGUUUUGGGAUGUAUGCGAGGGGCUGUACACCACUUGGGCAGAGUUUGGAGAUCUGCUGAAAGCGGUGUUAGUGAAAUCCAAGGAUUCGGCAGACACAACAGAGCUUAACCCGAAACUCUCGCUACCACCGGAAACACUCAAGCAACUCGGCAAAAUAUCGCGAGGGCUCAAGGAUGCAGCAGAAUUGAAUGUGGUGGUUAGGAGGCAGAUACAGGUGCAACAACAGCAGCAGCAAGCUCAACCUGUCGCGCCGGCUGUCGUCAUGUCGCAAGGGCGGAACAAGAUCAUGGUGAGAAUGAGGGAACGCUCAAGGGCAAGAGAAAGGAGUAUCAGUCCCAGAACGAGAGACAUAAGCGCUGUUCGAGCGAGAACGCCGGCGGCGAGAAGGUUGCAGCAGAUGCAGAUGGAGAUGCAAUCACUCCCGCCUCUGCCCAUGACGCCGCAGAGUGCAGCGCUGGGACCGGCGUUUAGGGCUACGAAACCCUCUCCUUUUGGGUCAUUCUCUGGGUAAUGGGAAGGAGUGAAUGGAUUAUGGUGGCGAGUGGGUGGUUCUUUCCAUUUUCACUUGUUUCUGCAGGUGCUUUGCAGUGGUGAUCUCGGCCAUGAUGGAUGAUGGAAGUCGCUUUUUGGACCCACAAGCCACAGCGUGCAUGUAUAGGUAAGCCACGCGCUGGUGGUUGACAAUGGGUUGGGCUCAUUGGGUUCGUGAUCUCUGUUCCGUUACAACUCUCUACUGUGCACACUGCAGCCUACUAGUCGGCCUAUGUAACCUCGCCGCUGUCAGCUUCUUGGCCCUUCAUCUUUGGAUCUAUCUGGAAGAGUUCAUCCGGACUUCCACCUUCAACACCUCAUCGACACCACUUUCAUCGUCACGCCCCCUUGGCUACUUAGGCGGAUGCGAUCCGUCGCCUGCUCCUCGUUAUGCAACUUUUAGCUCGACAACGGCUAUGAUAUCUUGGUAGGUUGAUCCACAAGCUAUAUAUCUUCUCUGUUCAAGCUAACCAAG